CACACGGUCGUGACGGCGUUUACACAGGAAGCAAAUGAAGGAAGAUGAUAAAACACACAAUGAGCCCAGAAGACCCCCCGCAGUCCAAGCACCCGUCCAAGUCCCAGUGGACCAAGCGCAAAGUGGGUCAAGCCCCACUGGACCAAGCCCCAGUGGACCAAGCGCAAAGUGGACCAAGCCCCAGUGGACCAAGUUCCAGUGGAUCAAGCGCAAAGUGGACCAAGCCCCAGUGGACCAAGUUCCAGUGGAUCAAGCGCAAAGUGGACCAAGCCCCAGUGGACCAAGUCCCAGUGGACCAAGCGCAAAGUGGACCAAGCCCCAGUGGACCAAAGCACAAAGUUGGUCAAGUCCCGUUAGAGAGACACCCAGACCUCCAGAAGGAGAGUCCAUCCCAGUGUGAAGGAUCAGGCAAAGGAGGAGGUAUAUACCCAAAUUCUUGCUUGCCUACGAGAACCAGCACCCAUAGUCUGAUCCAUCUGCUACCAAGGGGAUGCUACCAAGAGGAUGCUACCAAGGGGAUGCUACCAAGGGGAUGCUACCAAGAGGAUGCUACCAAGGGGAUGCUACCAAGAAGAUGCUACCAAGGGGAUGCUACCAAGGGGACGCUACCAAGACUUCGAUAGAUUGACAAAAGUGGACAUCCAGCAAUUGCUGCUUAAGUAUUUAAAAAAAAGAUUUAAGUAGUGAGUGAGAAUGUUGAAUUGUAUGUUUAUUUGUGAUUAUGUAUCUAUUGUGUAUACAGUUGAAGUCGGAAGUUUACAUACACUUAGGUUGGAGUCAUUAAAACUCAUUUUUUAAA